AUUCGGAAUUGCUUUUAGUGUAGUGCUGUGAUAUAAUAAACUUGAAAAUGGAGUACGAGCAACAGGAUAAUCGGGGCUACGCGGGGCCCCAGAAGCCCGUGAGACCCAUGGUGGAUCCAGAAGCCCAGGGUGAAGUCGACCCUACCCUGUACCCAGAACCCAAAGAAUCCACACACAAGAUUCGCGGCAAAUCCGACAUCUUAGAACGUCUAUUCGGUCCUGUGGAUCAAGAACUGUUAGUAGUGAAAAGCUUCUAUUUUUUCUUCUAUUCAGCCUUUGGAUCGCUUUUUCCUUUAAUGGGGGUGUAUUUCAAGCAAAUGGGGAUGAACGCCACACAAAGCGGAUUCCUAAUAGGUUCCCGUCCAUUCGUCGAAUUUUUAGCGGCCCCCUUUUGGGGUAGUCUCGCGGACAGAUGGCAAAAAGGCAAAAUUCUUCUACUGGCAUCGUUGGCUUCCUGGAUCGUAUUCACUGUUCCAUUAGGCUCGAUACAACCUCCUGCCAUAUCAUGUAUGGAUUAUAAAAACAACACUGCAAUUUUAACUGUACCAGAAGUCACACAACGUUUGGUUAAUAAACGAUCCGUUCAAAUGGGAUUGGUUUCAGGGCCUAGUCCACCUGUAAAUGAUUUUCCAAUUACAAGAAAUUUCCCAGAAUCAAUAGAAGUAAAACGCAGAUCAAAAUCUACAAGGCCCCUUUAUAACAUCAGCGCCGGUCAGUCACCAGUAGCAGUUAACUAUGCCGCAAACUACAGAGAAAAAGACCAUUCCUCAUGGGUGAAACCCAUUAUAUCAACCAUAGUUUAUAAAAUAGCUGACAUCCAAAAAGCCUUUUUCCUACUAAUGCUGCUGGUAAUUUUAGGAGAAUUCUUUGCAGCUCCCGCAGUUACUUUAGCUGACUCAGCUGUAAUCACUUUACUCGGUGAAGAUGCCGAUUCCUACAGCCACCAACGUAUGUUCGGCUCCUUCGGUUGGGGUCUGGCGAUGUUUUUCGUCGGAAUCGCUUUGGAUCAUUCCACCUCGUUUCCGAACCAUCCGUGCGGUCCGGACCAAAAAGAACGCAACUAUACCAUCUGUUUUGCAACGUUUUCAGUUCUAAUGGGAGCGGCGUUGAUUACAGCCACGCAAAUUAAUUUCAAAUACGAAGAGCCCGUGCCGCAGGUAGUUAACGAACCCAGUGCCGAUAGAGGAGUGCUUUCUAAAGAAGAUCAGAUGCAAGCUCAACUUGCCGAGCAAUUGAAUUUGCCUUCGCUGGCUGAUACUAGAGCUUCCGAUGUUUUACCACCGAAAGAGGAAAAGAGUAAAGUAUUCGCACAAACCACCCGCGAAAUGCCCGAAUGGAUCAAAGUAUUAGGUCACUUCAAGAAUCUCAAAUGCGCCUCGUUCCUGUUCGUCGCCUGGUUCAUGGGUUUCGGCAUCGGCCUGAUAUUCACUUUCCUGUUCUGGCACUUACAAGACUACGGCGGCACACCGACCUUGUUCGGUGUAGCCUCCGUCAUCAAUCACAUAUCAGAAAUAUUCGCCUACUUUUUUAGCUUUCGACUGAUCAGACAAAUCGGCCACGUUAAAGUUUUGUGUUUGGGAUUGAUCACGAACACUUUACGGUUCUUGUACAUAUCUUGGUUGACGAAUCCUUGGUGGGUGCUCCCUUUUGAAUUUGUCCAGGGCAUUACUCACGCAGCUGUUUGGGCAGCGUGCUGUUCGUACAUAUCUCACAAUACACCUCCAGAGCUGCGCUCAUCCGCCCAAGGUGUUUUGCAAGGAAUUCAUCAUGGAUUAGGACGCGGUUGUGGUGCAGUUAUAGGUGGCAUAUUCGUCACCACCUUUGGUUCUACGAGUACCUUUAGAAGUUAUGGAUUAAUAUGUCUUUUGGUACUUGCUGCGUUUAUUUUCAUUAACUUUUACCGAGUAGAUCAAGGCUUCGUAUCUGAUUUGCCACAAACGGAGGAUCCUAGACAGGUGGCCGAAGAAACAUCUCAUCUAGCACCACAUGGAGUACCCAGUAAUCCAAUUCCAAGAGCCCUGUCGAGUACUAAGUUACACGAACUAGCUCAGCAAGAUGGUUACGGAGCUACUUACCAAACGGGACAAGGUGGCACGUUGGACAUACCUGGUGGCGGUGGUUAUAAUCCUUUCCAAAAUAAUACUGGUGGUGGCGUGCAGCAGCAGCAGCAAGCUGGCAGAGGUGGUUAUGAGUCUAAAACAGCAGGUUGUAGCUAUCCGAUGGCCACCACUUUGUUAGAGACUCAACAGCCAAUAACCACUACCAAUAGAGCUUACGAUUGGUAAAUAUAUAAUGGUAGGGUUAAAGUACAAACUAUGAGGAAAUACAUCAGUGGCCGGUAAAAUAUUAAAUGAUCUUUAGGUUUUAGGAUAAUGAUGUUAUGCAAUGUUUUUUCUCCUCUAAAGUGUGUGUCGAAUUCAAAUAGAUUGUGUAUAUUUCGUUGUAAAUACUGUUAUUGAUUUUCGUUAUGUUUUAUGCACAAAGUUGCAAACUAUCUGCUGAGUUUUAUAGAAUACAUUUAUUAGGUCCCUUAUUGUAGCUCUAGAUAAUAAACUGCACUAUUUGUACAAAUAAUAUACACUAUUAAAUAUCAUAUAAUGUGUUUUAAAAUUUAUUAUAUUUUUUAGAAAUAUUUUAUCCACAAUAAUAUCAAAUUUGUAUAAAAUAAACAAACAUGGCUUUACAUUUGAUUUCAAUGUAAAAAAAAUAUUGUGGUGUGUUGCUAUAUAUAUACAAAUUUUUAGCUGGCUUGGGAACUAAAUAGCAACAAUCAAUUUGUUCUGAUUGGUCUUAGUGUGGUUGUAUAGGAGUAAAUCUAAUUUAUGUAAAUUAAAAUAUCCUAUAUUGUUUAUAAAUAUUUGUACGAUAAGUAAGUGGGCUUCAUCUUCAACAUAGAUUGGUGUAAUCAGAUUGCUUUGUGAUUGGAGCUCAAUUUUGAUGCAUAAAUAUUGAGCCAUAAUCACAACCCAAUCACUGCCACUAUAAUUUCGAUUGUCUUGCCUUGUCUUGGUCUAUAAAAUCCUCAUUGGCUCUAUAUUUUAUCAUUUAAAUAAAUAUAGCCUUAGUAAAUACAUAUCGCAAAAUAUUACAAUCCAAAAAUAUAGAUUAUUUAUACAAGGAAAGUUAAGAAUAUUUAAAUUAAAUGCGCACGUUAUCUAAAUGUUAUUUAGGUAGUAUAUUUGCACUGUGAAUUUAUUGGUAUUGAAUAUAAUAUUAAUUGAUUGAGAA